CCUCAGUCCAGGUGGGGGCGCUAGUUCUACACCUCUCACAGAAUAAAGCAGAGAAGAAGAAGAGCCCGCGUUAUUAGAGAGAAACAGGAGCUGAUCUGAAGAACGAUCUCUUGUUGCAAGUCUCCUCCUGCUUGAAGUGUCCACUUUUCCUCCACAGUUCAAAUUUUCAUCCACUGACACAUCAAGAAACUUAUUCAAAAGAAAUACAUUACACUGCUAAAGUUAGGAAACAUAGACUGUAAGAACAAGAUGCCCAGAAGCUCCAGAACUCAAACAUAUUCUUCUGCUCUCAACAAGAAGACACCUCGCAGACGAACGCCAAAGACUGCAGGCAAAAAAAGAACACAUCACUGCUCAGAGUGCGGCAAGGGCUUUAGUGAAUUCAGUGAUCUCCGAAGACACAAGCGCAUUCACACAGGAGAGAAACCGUAUCAGUGCUCGGAGUGUGGGAGGAGUUUUACUGUACAGAGUAAUCUCCGAAGACACAAGCGCAUUCACACAGGAGAGAAACCGUAUCACUGCUCAGAGUGUGGGAAGAAUUUUAGAGAACAAGGUGCUCUCAAACAACACCAGCGUGUUCACACAGGAGAGAAGCCGUAUCACUGCUCUGAGUGUGGGAGGAGUUUUAGACAUAGGGUUGCCCUAAAAGCACACCAGCAAGGUCACACAGGAAAGAAACUGUACCACUGCUCAGAGUGUGGGAAGAGUUUUACUAAACUGGAAAAUGUCCAUAUACACCAGCGAGUUCACACGGGAGAGAAACCGUAUCACUGCUCACACUGUGGAAAGAGUUUUGGACAUAGUGGUGCCUUCAAAAUACAUCAGCGACUUCACACGGGAGAGAGACCGUAUCCCUGCUCAGAGUGUGGGCAGAGUUUUAUUACACCGAGACAUCUUCAAACGCACCAGCGCAUUCACACAGGACAGAAGCCGUAUCACUGCUCAGAGUGUGGGAAGAGUUUUACUUCACGGCAUUAUGUUAAAAUACAUCAGCGUAUUCACACAGGAGAGAAACCGUAUCACUGCUCAGAGUGUGGGAAGAGCUUUAGAUUUACUGAUUCCUUCAAAACACACCAGUGCAGUCACACAGAAGAGAAGCUGCAUUGCUGCUCAGAGUGUGGGAAGAGUUUUAGUGAAAGUGGUGCCCUCAAGAAACACCAGCGCAUUCAUGCAGGAGAGAAACCGUUCCACUGCUCAGAGUGUGGGAAGAACUUUACUGCACAGAGUAGUCUUCAAACACACCAGCGCAUUCACACAGGAGAGAAACUGUUUUACUGCUCAGAGUGUGGGAAGAGUUGUACCACACAGAGAGAUCUUAAAACACACCAGCUCGUUCACACAGGGGAGAAACCGCAUCAGUGCUCAGAGUGUGGGAGGAAGUUUACUACACUGUGUAAACUCCGAUCACACCAGCGCAUCCACACAGGAGAGAAACCGUAUCACUGCUUAGAGUGUGGACAGAGUUUUCCAACACUGAGUAAAUUCAAAACACACCAGCGCAUUCACACUGGAGAGAAACCGUAUCACUGCUCAGAAUGUGGCAAGAGUUUUACUACACAGAGAAAUCUCCUAAGACACCAGCGCAUUCACACAGGAGAGAGACCGUAUCACUGUUCGGUAUGUGGGAAGAGUUUUUCUACGCUGGAUUAUGCCAAAACACAUCAACGCAUUCACACAGGAGAGAAACCAUAUCACUGCUCAGAGUGUGAGAGGAGUUUUAAUACCAAGAGUAGCCUUACAACACAUCAGCGCAUUCACACAGGAGAGAAACCGUAUCAGUGCUCAGAGUGUGGGGAGAGCUUUAGAGAAAACUGUGCCCUCAAGAAACACAAAGGAGUUCACACAGGAGAAAAACAAAAUCACCAGUGCUCAGAGUGUGGAAAAAGUUUCACUGGCAGACAUAAUCUCCAAAUACACCAGCGCAUUCACACCGGAGAGAAACCGUAUCACUGCUCUGAUUGUGGGAAGAAUUUUACUAUACAGAGUAAUCUACAAAAACACCAGCGCAUUCACACAGGGGAGAAACCAUAUCAGUGCCCAGAAUGCGGGAGGAGAUUUACAAGACAUAGUGAUCUAAGGGUACACCGGCGCAUUCACACAGGAGAGAAACCGUAUCACUGCCAAGAGUGUGGAAAGAGAUUUAAUCAACAGAGUAAUCUCCAAAUCCACCAGCGCAUUCACACAGGACAGAAACUGUACCAGUGCUCAGACUGCGGGAGGAGGUUUUCUGAGAGACGUACUCUCCAACAACACCAGCACGUUCAUACAGGAGAGAAACCGUAUCAGUGCUCGGAGUGUGGGAAAAAAUUUACUAGACAGACUCAUCUUCAAACACACCAGCGCAUUCACACAGGAGAGAAACCGUAUUACUGCUCAGAGUGUGGACAGAGUUUUAAUCUGCAGAGUUAUUUCCAAAUACACCAGCGCAUUCACACAGGAGAGAGACCGUAUCACUGCUCAGAGUGUGGCAAGAGUUUUACUGUACAGAACCAUCUCCAGUCACAUCAGCGCAUUCACACAGGAGAGAAACCGUAUCUCUGUUCAGAGUGUGGGCAGAGUUUUAGAAACAGGUGUGCCCUAAAAACACAUCAGCGCAUUCACACUGGAGAGAGACCAUAUCUGUGUUCAGAUUGUGGGAGGAAUUUUACUAGACAGAGUAGCCUUCAAAGACACCAGCGCAUUCACACUGGAGAGAAACCGUAUCCCUGCUCAGAGUGUGGACAUAGUUUUAGAGACAGUGGUACCCUGAAAAAACACCAGAGCAUUCACACAAGAGAGAAACCGUAUAGCUGCUUAGACUGUGGUAAGACUUUCACUAAAGAGAGUAAUCUCCAAAUUCAUCGGUGCAUUCACACAGGAGAAAAACCAUAUCAGUGCUCUGAUUGUGGGAAAAGUUUUACUAGACAGAGUAGUUUGGAAAGACACCAGCACAUUCACACAGGAGAGAAACUGUAUGCCUGUUCAGAGUGUGGACAGAGUUUUUCUAGACAGAGUAGUUUGGAAAGACACCAGCGCAUUCACACAGGAGAGAAGCCGUACCACUGCUCAGAGUGUGGGAAGAGAUUUACUAGACAAAAUAAUCUUAAAAAACACCAGCGGAUUCACAUGGAAGAGAAACCGUAUCAGUGUUCAGAGUGUGGACAAAGGUUUACUGUGCAAAGUAAUCUCCAAAUUCAUCAGUGCAUUCACACAAAGGAGAAGCCGCACCACUCCUCAGAGUGUGGGGGGAUCUUCAGGCAUCCAAAUUUAAAGACACACAGAUGGACUAAGAGUGAGGUAAAAAUGAGUGUCAAAUCCAAACCUGCUUGUGAAACAUUAGUGCAUUCCAAUAGAAUAAGACUUUCAUUCUUUAUUGGCUGUGUUGCUGAAGAGGUGGACUUGCUGUCCUUACCCUAGGCAUGUGGUGCAUGCUCUCCCCCAGACACCGAUAACCAACAGCUGUAGCCGAUUAGAGGAGGAGCACAAACAGAAUAAAAACUGUCUCUCCUUGACGAGACAGAGGCACUUAGGCUGCAGAACCACACAUCUAAACUGAGACAGAGGAUAGACUUUUACAAAGAGCUCUGGAAGCUUGCACUGAAUUUAUUUGGUGUGUUUAUCGCAUGAAAACAAAGCAUUGUGUUCACUUGUGCUGGUGUUUGUGUGUUCCUGACCUCUUGUUGAGUUUGACAGGGUGACUUGACCCUUCCCCAGGCUGAUCAACUAGUGGAGAAUGCGGAUAUGCCUAUUUGGUAUCAGCUCCACUGACUAGGAGCUGAGCAAAACUUUGGAGCAUACCACAGGUCUGGCUCAAGUGGCUUUUCUGAUAUGGGCUUGAUUUCAGUUAAGUUUGGAUAAAGAGAAACCGAAACAAGCAAAAAAGGGCAAGGGGGAGCAGCACCUAUAUGGGCCUGGACUAAUGUUGUUGCUGUGUCUUUCUUGAAAAUGGUGACUCUGGGGGCUAGCAUCAACCUGCAGCUGAGCCUCCAAAUGCAUAUCCUAGGGAUGCUGCCUUGCCCCCACUGAUUAACGGGGGAACCUGGCACUAUGGAGACCCGUCCCAUUGUGCCCUGCAUCGGUUUCUCCCCCUCUUUUUUGCUCUUUGCUGGACGAGCCUGGUCUGCCGGAUUCCUGCCCUAUCAGCCUCAUCCCUUAAAGCCUGUUCCUUCUCUCCUGGCUGUGGUUUAUAGGGGUGGGGAGGCUGGCCUGGGGAGCAUGUGCCCCCAGUGAAGGAUGAGGUCUUUUCCUGACCUGAAUGGCUGUGACAGUCUGAGAGACCUGCAUCAACCUACAGCUGCCUGCAUUGACAGGUUGGCAUCGGGUGGUUGAGAAUGAGGUUCUCAGUAAUGGGAGAAUGAGGUUCUCAUGGAUUUCAGUUGUUGUUGUGUCUUUCCAGAAAUUGAUGACAUGUGGGGCUACCAUCAAUCUCCAGCUGAUCCUUCAAAUGUGAUCAUCAUCGUGAUCACAUACAGAAAAAAGAAACUUGAUGUUGACCUAUUCACAUCUUUGUAAGGAGGCAUUCUUACUAAACAUCUAAGAAAAAAUAAAAGAAUUCUAACGUUUGAUGAGCCAUCCAAGCAGAUGAAAAUGCCACCGUCUCUUAAGUGUACAUGCUUUGUUUUUUGGAAACUGAAGUUUCCUCUUCUGUGAAGUAAGCAGUCGAGAUCCACAAGUCAACAGGACACCCAACUCUGCUGCACUAAGUGAGAUGAAAAGAGCACCUUUUGAAACUUCCUUCAGAACUAUGCACUGGUAAGAACAGAAUCUACACACUCAAGAUCACAAGAUGUUUGCUGUGUGGUGUGUGAAUCUACAGCCUGCCUUACUCUCUGCACUUCAUCACACUGGUCUUCAGCUGGUGGUGACGGGAGACGUUUCAUGAACUGGUUAUUGUGUGCAGGAGCUAGAAACUUCUCCAUAGGAGUCUCCGUAUGUCUGUUCUACACAGCGUAGAGUUGUAUAUGGACCAGAAGAUAACAUCUUCAAGAAGUUCUUACAUACACAGUGUAAAUAUAAUAAAGUAUAAUAUAUAACACUGAACAACGUCUUACUAGCUAACCCUGAUGAUUCUCUCUGUCUUACAUUUACAUUCUCGCAGCUGUCAGGACACAAAGCAGCUCCUAACCCAUUGAUCAUCUUUACCACCUGUCCAGUGAUGUGUUCUCUUCUUAAAGCUUUUCUCCUUGGGGGGUAAUGUUUACAUGCUUUAAAAAUAAUGUGGCAGCUUUUCAUCCAUGCUAACAUCCAUAUCGCCUAUCUGUAGCAAAGCAGUAAAUAGGCUGCUGUAACCUGUGAAAUAUUUUAAAAGAAAAGCUUAUAGAGGGUGGGAUUCUGCACACCGGUUUAGGACAGCUGGUCCUGUUUCAUUAAUUGAAGUUGAUUUGCUAUGAUUGCCCACAUUCUCGAGCAUUCAUUUAAUUUUCAAUUUCAGUUUAGUUAUACAUUUAAAGAAAUGUAUUCAUUAGGGUUAAAGCAAGUUAGUAGUGAACAGGUUUCUCAGUUUCUGUAGCUAUUCUAAGUGUAUGACCAUGAACGCUACCUGAUUAUGAGCUCCAGGAAACUGAGCUCAGUCUGACUGUCUUCUGUUCUGGUUUCCUAAUGUGUGUUAUGGUGCCAGUGUGAUGUCUCCAGCUGAAGGAAAGAGAAAGUGACCGUCUAGUCAUCAGUUACCAAAUAACUGUAACAGGUCUUCUUAAUAGGCAAAUGCUAUUACUAAACCCGCUCUACAGAGUCACUGAGGACAAAAUCACUGCACAGAAUGCUGAUGAUGUUCAAGAAGUGUUGGGGUCGUUACUCAAGAAGUAAUCCAUCACAAAUUACAAAUGUAUUUAUGUCACGCCCUCUGGAUCAGUUUAUUAGUUCAGUUCAAUGAAACUUUGUCAUUAUUCAGAUACAAGGUUGUACAGUAUAAUGAAACACUGUCAGGCCACUUCUCCAGUGCAGAUAGAAUUAAAAGUGCAAACUAUAGUAGAAAUUAAUACGCAGUCUGACCAAUUAGUGUUUAGGUGUUUGCACUAUUUGUAAGUGUACAGUAUGUUCAGGUAAACCAGGUCAAGUGUGCAAAUAUAGUAAGUAUUGUAAACACAGUGUAAACAUAGCAUCACAGAUGUUAUAUUAACAGUACAGUGCAUGUACAAUGAGGAACAUCAGCUCUAAAUCCUGUAUUCCAGAUGAAGGACAGGUUCCACAGCUCUGUACACUAAAUAAAGGGUUGAGUUUGA